CCCGCGGCAGCUUAGCGUCUUUCACAGGCUCCUAAUCCCGAGGGACAGUGUGCAGUCCUGCCUGCCCGAUCCUUCUGCUCGCCUGUCCGCAGCCCCCAGCCUUUUCGAUUCAGCUUGCUCCCUCGCACGCUUCGUCCAGAGCUGAAAAACAGUGAAAAGAGUUCAAGAUGCCACCUAGCAUAAACUGGAAAGAGUUAAUCAGAGUUGAUCCAGAUGACCUACCACGCCAAGAAGAGCUGGCAGAUAAUUUAUUGAUUUCCUUAUCCAAGGUGGAAGUAAAUGAACUAAAAGAUGAAGAUCAGGAAAACGUGAUACAUCUAUUCAGAAUUACUCAGUCACUAAUGAAGAUGAAAGCCCAAGAAGUAGAACUGGCUUUGGAAGAAGUUGAAAAGGCUGGAGAAGAACAAGCAAAAUUUGAAAAUCAAUUAAAGACAAAAGUAAUGAAACUGGAAAAUGAACUAGAGAUGGCGCAGCAGUCUGCAGGUGGACGUGAUACUCGGUUUUUACGUGAUGAGAUUCGCCAACUUGAAAAGCAAUUGGAACAAAAAGAUAGAGAAUUAGAGGAUAUGGAAAAAGAGUUGGAUAAAGAAAAGAAAGUUAAUGAACAAUUGGCUCUUCGAAAUGAGGAAGCAGAAAAUGAAAACAGCAAACUAAGAAGAGAGAAUGAACAGCUUCGUCAGGACAUUAUUGACUACCAGAAGCAGAUAGAUUCACAAAAAGAAUCACUUCUAUCAAGGCGAGGAGAAGACAGCGACUACCGAUCACAGUUAUCUAAAAAGAACUACGAACUUGUUCAAUAUCUGGAUGAAAUUCAGACCUUAACGGAAGCUAAUGAGAAAAUUGAAGUUCAGAACCAAGAAAUGAGAAAAAAUCUAGAAGAGUCUGUACAGGAAAUGGAGAAGAUGACUGAUGAGUAUAACAGAAUGAAGGCUGUUGUGCACCAGACAGAUACUGUUAUGGACCAGAUAAAAAAAGAGAACGAGCAUUAUCGACUUCAAGUACGAGAGCUUACAGAGCUUCUGAAAGCAAAAGACGAAGAGGAUGAUCCAGUCAUGAUGGCUGUCAACGCAAAAGUAGAGGAAUGGAAGUUAAUUUUGUCUUCUAAAGAUGAUGAAAUCAUUGAAUAUCAGCAAAUGUUACAUAGUCUGAGAGAGAAACUUAAAAAUGUCCAACUUGAUGCUGAUAAAAGUAACAUUAUGGCUCUGAAACAGGGUAUCCAGGAACGAGACAGUCAGAUUAAGAUGCUUACUGAACAAGUGGAACAAUACACGAAAGAAAUGGAAAAAAAUACUUUUAUUAUUAAAGAUUUGAAAAAUGAGCUCAAUAAAGACAAAGGUACUUUGAACUUUCAUCACCAGACUCACUAUAUGAAAAUUCAGUCCAAAGUACAAAUUUUAGAAGAGAAAACAAAAGAGGCUGAGAGAACAGCUGAACUGGCCGAGGCUGAUGCCAGGGAGAAGGAUAAAGAAUUGGUUGAGGCUCUGAAGAGAUUAAAAGAUUAUGAAUCUGGUAUAUAUGGUUUAGAAGAUGCUGUUAUUGAAAUAAAGAAUUGUAAAGCCCAAAUUAAAAUAAGAGAUGGAGAGAUUGAAGUAUUGACCAAGGAAAUCAAUAAACUUGAGAUGAAGAUCAAUGAUGUUCUUGAUGAAAAUGAAGCCCUUAGAGAACAGGCCGGCCUUGAACCAAGGACAAUGAUUGAUUUAACUGAAUUUAGAAACAGUAAACGCUUAAAACAGCAGCAGUACAGAGCUGAAAACCAGAUUCUUCUGAAAGAGAUCGAAAGUCUAGAGGAAGAACGACUUGAUUUGAAAAAAAAAAUUCGUCAAAUGGCUCAAGAAAGAGGAAAAAGGAAUGCAGCUUCAGGAUUAACCAUUGAGGACUUGAACAUAACUGAAAACUUUUCUCAGGAAGAUAAAAUGAGGGAAAAAAACCUAAAUUUUAUGAGUCUCAAAAGUAUGAAUGAAACACAAUCAAAGAAUGAAUUUCUUUCAAGAGAACUAAUUGAAAAGGAAAGAGAUUUAGAAAGAAGUAGGACAGUAAUUGCUAAAUUCCAGAGUAAAUUAAAAGAAUUAGUAGAAGAAAAUAAGCAGCUUGAAGAAGGUAUGAAGGAAAUUUUGCAAGCUAUUAAGGACAUGCCGAGGGAUCCUGAUGUGAAAGGAAGUGAAACAUCUCUAAUCAUCCCCAGUCUUGAAAGACUGGUUAACGCUAUAGAAUCGAAGAAUACAGAAGGAAUCUUUGAUGCCAGUUUGCAUUUGAAAGCCCAAGUUGACCAACUUACAGGAAGGAAUGAAGAAUUAAGGCAAGAACUCAGGGAAUCUCGGAAAGAGGCUAUAAGUUAUUCACAGCAGUUGGUAAAAGCAAACUCAAAGAUUGAUCAUCUUGAGAAAGAAACUGAUCUUCUACGUCAGUCUGCAGGGUCCAAUGUCGUUUACAAAGGUGUAGACUUGCCUGAUGGGAUAGCACCAUCUAGUGCCCAUAUCAUCAAUUCUCAGAAUGAAUAUUUAAUACAUCUUUUGCAGGAACUAGACAAUAAAGAAAAGAAGUUAAAGCAUGUAGAAGAGUCUCUUGAAGAUUAUAACAGAAAAUUUGCAGUAAUUCGUCAUCAACAAAGUUUAUUAUAUAAAGAAUAUCUAAGUGAAAAGGAGACUUGGAAAACAGAAUCUGAGACUGUAAAAGAAGAGAAGAGAAAACUUGAAGACCAAGUCCAACAGGAUGCUGUGAGAGUAAAAGAGUAUAAUAAUUUGCUCAGUGCUCUUCAGAUGGAUUCAAAUGAAAUGAAGAAAAUGCUUUCAGAAAACAGUAGGAAAAUCACUGUUUUGCAAGUGAAUGAAAAGUCCCUCAUACGGCAGUAUACAACCUUAGUGGAAAUGGAACGGCAGCUUAGAAAAGAAAAUGGGAAACACAAGAAUGACUUAAUAUCAAUGGAAGCCGAAGUUACUGAAAAAAUUGGAAGUUUGCAAAGAUUUAAGGAAAUGGCUACCUUCAAAAUUGCAGCUCUCCAGAAAGUUGUAGAUAAUAGCGUUUCUUUGUCUGAACUAGAACUAGCCAAUAAACAGUACAAUGAACUAACUACUAAGUACAGGGACAUAUUACAGAAAGAUAACAUGCUUGUUCAAAGAACAAGUAACUUAGAACACCUAGAGUGUGAAAAUGCAUCUUUAAAAGAACAAAUGGAUGCUAUAAGUAAAGAACUAGAGAUUACAAAGGAAAAACUUCAUACCAUUGAACAAGCCUGGGAACAAGAAACUAAAUUAGGAAAUGAAUCAAACAUGGAUAAGGCAAGGAAAUCAAUGACAAAUAGUGACAUUGUUUCUAUUUCAAAAAAAAUCACUGUGUUGGAGAUGAAGGAAUUGAAUGAAAGACAGAGAGCUGAACACUGUCAGAAAAUGUAUGAACACGUAAGAACUUCAUUAAAACAAAUGGAAGAACGCAAUUUUGAAUUGGAAACCAAAUUCACUGAGCUUACCAAAAUCCACCUGGAUGCCCAGAAGGUGGAGCAGAUGCUGAGAGAUGAGUUAGCUGACAGUGUGAACAAGGCCGUGAGCAACGCUGACAGACAGCGUAUCCUAGAGCUAGAGAAGAACGAAGUAGAACUCAAAGUCGAAGUGUCCAAACUGAGAGAAAUUUCUGAUAUUGCCAAAAGACAAGUUGAUUUUUUGAACUCCCAACAACAGUCCAGGGAAAAGGAAGUGGAAUCCCUCAGAAUGCAGCUACUGGACUACCAGGCACAAUCUGAUGAAAAGGCACUAAUUGCCAAACUGCACCAACAUGUUGUCUCCCUUCAAAUUAGUGAGGCCACUGCUCUUGGUAAGUUGGAGUCAAUUACAUCUAAACUCCAGAAGAUGGAGGCCUACAAUUUGCGCCUAGAGCAGAAACUGGAUGAAAAAGAGCAGACUCUCUACUAUGCCCGCCUGGAAGGCAGAAACAGAGCAAAGCACCUGCGCCAAACUAUCCAGUCUCUGCGAAGACAGUACAGCGGUGCUUUACCCUUGGCCCAGCAGGAAAAGUUCUCCAAAACGAUGAUUCAGCUGCAAAAUGACAAACUGAAGAUCAUGCAAGAAAUGAAAAACUCUCAACAAGAGCACAGAAAUAUGGAAAACAAAACGCUGGAGUUGGAAUUAAAAUUAAAAGGCUUAGAAGAGUUGAUAAGCACUUUAAAGGAUGCCAGGGGAGCCCAAAAGGUAAUCAAUUGGCAUGUGAAAAUAGAAGAACUUCGCCUUCAGGAACUUAAGCUAAAUCGAGAACUAGUCAAGGGUAAAGAAGAAAUCAAAUACUUGAAUAACAUCAUCUCUGAAUAUGAGCAAACAAUCAACAGUCUCGAGGAAGAAAUUGUUCAGCAGAACAAGUUUCAUGAAGAAAGACAAAUGGCUUGGGAUCAAAGAGAAGUUGAGCUAGAACGCCAACUAGACCUUUUUGACUGUCAGCAAAAUGAAAUACUCAGUGCAGCACAAAAGUUUGAAGAGGCUACAGGAUCAAUGCCAGACCCCAGCUUGCCCCUUCCAAACCAACUUGAAAUUGCUUUACGAAAAAUUAAGGAGAAUAUUCAAACAAUUCUUAAAACACAAGCCACUUGCAAGUCACUAGAAGAGAAACUAAAAGAAAAGGAAUCGGCAUUACAGUUGGCAGAGCAAAAUAUUCUGUCAAGGGACAAAGUAAUCAAUGAACUGAGGCUUCGAUUGCCUGCCACAGUUGAUCGAGAGAAAUUGAUAGCUGAGCUAGACAGUAAAGAGCUGGAGCCAAAAUCCCAUCACACGAUGAAAAUUGCCCAUCAAACCAUUGCUAACAUGCAGGCCAGAUUAAAUCAAAAGGAAGAAGUACUGAAGAAAUACCAACAUCUUCUGGAAAGAGCCAGAGAGGAGCAAAGAGAAAUUGUUAAGAAGCAUGAGGAAGACCUCCAUGCUCUUCAUCAUAAACUAGAGCUACAGGCCGAUAGUUCAUUCAAUAAAUUCAAGCAGACAGCUCAGGAUUUAAUAAAACAGUCUCCUGUUCCAGUGCCUACUGACAAGCAUUUCAUUCGCCUAGCUGAAAUGGAGCAGACAGUGGCAGAACAAGAUGACUCUCUGGCCUCACUUCUGGCCAAACUAAAGAAAGUAUCAAAAGAUUUGGAAAGACAAAAAGAAAUCACUGAGUUAAAAGUCAGAGAAUUUGAAAAUACGAAAUUACGGCUGCAGGAGAAGCACUCAGGGGAGGUGAAGAAAGUGCGAGCGGAAGUGGAGGACCUAAGGCGUGCCCUUGUCCACGCACAGAAGGAGUCCCAGCGUGUGAAGUCUGAGCUCCAGGCUCAGAAAGAAGCCAACUCAAGAGCUCCAACAACCACAAUGAGGAAUCUAGUGGACAGGCUAAAGAGCCAGUUGGCCUUGAAAGAGAAGCAGCAGAAGGCCCUUAGUCGAGCCCUGUUGGAGCUCCGGGCAGAAAUGACAGCAGCAGCUGAAGAACGUAUUAUUGCUGUAACUUCUCAAAAAGAGGCAAAUCUCAACAUUCAGCAAGUUGUUGAUCGACAUACUAGAGAGCUAAAGUCACAAAUUGAAAAUUUAAAUGAAAAUCUUUUAAAAUUGAAAGAAGCUCUUAAAACAAGUAAAAACAAAGAAAAUUCACUAGCUGAUGACUUAAAUGAUUUAAAUAAUGAACUGCAAAAAAAGCAAAAAGCUUAUAAUAAAAUCCUUAGAGAGAAAGAUGGGAUUGAUCAAGAAAAUGAAGAACUGAGAAGACAGAUUAAAAGACUGUCCAGUGGACUACAGAGCAAACCUCUGCUAGAUAAUAAACAGAGUUUAAUUGAUGAACUUCAAAAGAAAGUUAAAAAACUUGAAAGCCAACUGGAAAGAAAGGUGGAUGGCAUAGACAUAAAACCCGUGAAAGAAAAGAGUGCUAGGGAAGAAUUAAUUAGGUGGGAAGAAGGAAAAAAGUGGCAAACCAAAGUAGAGGGAAUGCGGAACAAAUUAAAAGAGAAAGAAGGGGAAGUCCACAGUCUCAUGAAGCAGCUGCACACCCUAAAGGAGCUUUUUGCCAAAGCUGAUAAAGAAAAACUUACAUUGCAGAAGAAACUGAAAACAACAGGCAUGACUGUUGAUCAGGUUUUAGGAGUUCGAGCUUUGGAGUCAGAGAAAGAGUUGGAAGAAUUAAAAAAGAGAAAUCUGGACUUAGAAAAUGACAUAUUAUACAUGAGGACACACCACGCUCUUCCAAGAGACUCUGUUGUGGAAGACUUACAUUUACAAAAUAAAUACCUUCAAGAAAAGCUUCGUACUUUAGAAAAACAACUUUCAAAAGAUUUGUAUCCCCAGUCUGUGACUUCAGAAGUGGAGUCAGAUGAUCACUGUCAAAAAGAACAAGAACUUCAGAGGGAAAACUUGAAGUUGUCUUCUGAAAAUAUUGAACUGAAAUUUCAACUUGAACAAGCAAAUAAAGAUUUGCCAAGACUAAAAAAUCAAGUAAGAGACUUGAAGGAAAUGUGUGAAUUUCUUAAGAAAGGAAAAAUGGAAGUUGAACGGAAACUUGGUCAGGUCAGAGGGUCUGGCAGAAGUGGAAAGACAGUCCCAGAGCUAGAAAAAACUAUUGGGUUAAUGAAGAAAGUAGUUGAAAAAGUCCAAAGAGAAAAUGAACAAUUGCAAAAAGCAUCAGGAAUACUGACUAGUGAAAAAAUGAUAAAUAUUGAAGAAGAAAAUGAAAAAUUAAAGGUUGAAUUAGAAAAGCUUAAAGCUCACUUUGGACGUCAGUUGAGUGUGCAAUAUGAAUCCAAGAAUAAAAGCACAGAGAGAAUUGUUGCUGAAAAUGAACGGCUUCGGAAAGAACUUAAGAAAGAAAUGGAAACAUCAGAGAAUCUGCGGAUAGCUAAGAACAACUUAGAGCUGGUCAAUGACAAGAUGGCGCUUCAACUAGAAGAGACUGCGAAGAGAUUACAGUUUGCCGAAAGUAGAGUACCACAGCUGGAAAGCGCUGACAGCAAGAGCUGGAAGUCAAUUGUGCUUACAAGAAUGUAUGAGACCAAGAUGAAAGAGCUCGAAAGUGAUAUUGCCAAAAAAAAUCAAAGCAUUGUUGACCUUAAACAGCUUGUACGUGAAGCAACAGAGAGAGAACAGAAAGCUAAGAAAUACACCGAAGAUCUUGAACAACAGAUUGAGGCCCUCAGAAACAUUCCUGAAGGUGUGGAGACAGAUCAAGGGCUUAUCCGGGAACUGCAGCUCCUUAGAUUAGCCAAUAGUAAACUGGAUAAAGAAAAGGCAGAACUAAUCCAUCAGAUAGAAGCUAACAAGGACCAAACUGGAGCUGAAAGCAGCACACCUGCUUUGGCAGAUUCUGAUCAACUAAAGGAAAAGGUAAAUGACCUAGAGACACAGCUGAGAAAUUCAGACCUAGACAAGCAACACUUGAAGGAGGAAAUUAAAAAGCUGAAAAAAGAACUGGAAAAUUUUGAUCCUUCAUUUUUUGAAGAAAUUGAAGACCUGAAGUACAAUUAUAAGGAAGAAGUGAAAAAAAAUAUUCUAUUAGAAGAGAAGUUAAAAAAACUUUCUGAACAAUUUGGAUUUGAAUUACCUAGCCCUGUUGCUGCUUCUGAACAGAGGGAAGAUGGAGAAAGUCCUAAUCAAUUCCCUAUUUAAGACCCAUUUAAUUGUAUUUUCAAAAAACUUUCAGCUACCUGGAAAUCAAGCACUCUCUGAACUACAGAAUUCACAUGUCAAAAUACUGUAUAUUUACUUAAAAAUAAAGUCAUAUAUAGUUUUAA